AUGGCACAGUAUGACUUUGCUCCAGCCUGGCUUAAAUUUCCUACUCCACCAAAAUCAACAAAGUCAUCACUGAAUUUUCAAAAAUAUUCUGAAAACUUGCACUGGGCAGAGAAUCAUGAUAUAAAUUAUAGAAGACACAAUUUUUCAGAUUCUGGUAUUGGAUGCUCUAAUGGAGGAAACUUUGGAAGGAAAAAAAAAAAUAGAUGGCGUUCACAUGGAAGAAAUGGAACUGAAAACAUAAGUCAUCGAGGGGGACACCAUCGUGGAAGUUCCUGUUCUCAUAGCAGUGCUUUCCACUCUGGAAAAAGCCAAGGACUGCAUGAAAACAAUGUCCCUGACAAUGAAACUGGGAAAAAAGACAAGGAAGAACACAAACAAUUUGAGGCUGAGGAUUUUCCAUCUUUAAAUCCUGAAUAUGAGAGAAAGGCAAGUCAGAAUAAAUCUUUAGCUGCAGGUGUAUGGGAAUAUCCUUUAAAUACUAAAUGUAGAGCUCCAAGAAUGCUGGACAUUAAAAAAGGCAGUACAAAAGAUUUACAGAUAUCUGGAUUCCCUGCACUAAGAAAUCUUAAUUCUCAGACAGUUAAAAAUGGAACUGGUCCAAGUGUUUAUAAAGGAUUAGUCCCUAAACCUGCUGUUCCACCUACAAAGCCUACAGAAUGGAAAAGCCAAACUAAAGGAAAUAAUGUUGGAACUCCUUACCCUCAUGAGUCUACUCAUGGCAUUAGGAACUUUAAUGCCUUCAAAUCAACUGCCAAGAAUUUUAGUGUAUCAACAAAUUCAGUUAAGGAGUAUAAUUGUUCAAAUUCCUCUCCUCCUGUGGAUAAACUUAAUCAGCCUCAUCUAACCAAACUGACCCAGAUGUGCACUGAUAAGAAGAGAGACUUUGUAAAAGCAUUGAAAAGGGACAGAGUGGAGGAGGAACACAAAGAUGGAAGUCUCAUGGGGCCAGAGAAGGAUGAUGACUCAUUUAAUUUGUAUAAUAGCAACAACACUCACCAUGAAAGGGACAUAAACCGAAAUUUUGAUGAAAAUGAAAUUUUGCAAGAGAAUGGCCGUACCUCCAUGAUUUCCCAACAGAUCAUUCGAUCUUCUACCUUUCCACAAACUGAUAGUCUUUCCAGUUCACUUGAGGCAGAGCUUAGGUUAUUAAAGGAGAUGGGUUGGCAGGAAGACAUUGAAAAUGAUGAAACAUGUGCUCCCUUAACAGAGGAUGAGAUAAGGGAAUUCCAAGUUAUUAGUGAACAGUUACAGAAGAAUGGUCUUAGAAAAAAUGGUAUUUUGAAAAAUGGCCUAAUGUUUGACUUCAAGUUUGGACCCUGGAAAAACAGCACUUUCAAAUCCACUUUUGAGAAUGACACAGAGACAAGCAGCAGUGACACAUCAGAUGAUGAUGUGUGA